AUGUCGGACCUCGACCACUUCUCCAUGCUCCCCAUCCACAUGGACCCCCAGUCCAAGGCCAUCCUCCCCUCGGGCAGCCGGCCGUCGCGCGCCCUCGCCGCCGAGCUGGAGAAGCUCAACGCGCUGCACCGCGCCAUCCUCAACAUCGAGGUGCCCCCCGGCGCGAUCCCGCUGGUGCCGCCGCCUCCGAUCCCCGUGAACCCGAAGCGCACGGCCAACGUGUCGAAGCUGCGCGACAGCGGCAACACGGAGUACCGCCGCCAAAAGUACGAGGAGGCGGUCAAGCUGUACACGCAAGGGAUCGAGAUGGCGCUGCAGCGGCCGCUGUGGGAGCCCGCGGCGCUGGUGAGGGAGGAGGUCUCGAUGCUGUAUGCCAACCGGGCGCAGUCGCACAUGGCCAUGGGCAACUGGCCCGAGGGCGCGGUCGACGCCGAGGCGAGCGUGGAGGCGAGGAGGGUCGGCAAUGCAAAGGGGUGGUGGCGGAGGGGCAGGUGCUUGACGGAGAUGGGCAGGCUGGACGAGGCGCGGGAGUGGGUCAAGAGGGCGCUGGAGAUGGAGGGCGAGGAGGCGGACCUGGUGUCGUUGCUGAAGGAUAUCGAGGAGCGGAUUGACAAGGCGCGGGCGUAG